UGAUCCCACAUGACAAAAUUACUCCUCCACAGUCUCAAAUUUGAACUUUUCUCCUCCUCUCGAACCCUCCCUAUUUCAGUUUCACCCGGGGCACCGAAACACCCGCCACGCCGAACAGCCAUGGCUUCCUUGAGCUCGCUCUACCCUCCGUCGCUGUGCUCUUGCUCUUCCUCUGGGUCUUCGAUCCACGCCAGAAAUUCGACCGAAUCGAGACUAGCUCCCUCCCUUUCUCGACACACAAACCACCGUCUUCCCGCCGUCAGCUCCUGCCGUCCGAAGAGGACGAGGGGGAGCUUUGUUCUGAGAUCGGCUCUUGAAGACACCUACGUCCUCGAACCACCACCGCCGCCCGCCCUCCCUCCUGCUAGCAGCGCUGAACGUAUCGACUGUUUGAAGCUCAAAUUGCUGGGUGUGGUUUCUGGGCUCAACCGGGGUCUUGCUGCAACUGAAGAUGAUCUAAAGAAGGCAGAAGCUGCAGCCAAGGAGCUUGAAGAUGCAGGAGGACUAGUGGACCUGGCAUGUGACUUGGAUAAGUUGCAAGGGAGAUGGAAGCUUGUGUACAGCAGCGCCUUCUCUUCUCGGACUCUAGGCGGAAGCCGUCCUGGUAUCCCCACCGGAAGACUGUUACCCGUCACUCUUGGCCAGGUUUGUGUACUGAUGAUAGUGUUCAAUCUAGAGUCUAGACUGUGUUCCUGCAUCUCUUUGGGUUGAUUCAUUGAUAUAUGAAUGAAUGGUUGACUAUCCUUUUGCCACGAUUUUGAGUUUGAAGCUGUCCUGCUUUCUGUCGCAGGUUUUCCAACGGAUAGACGUCGUGAGCAGAGAUUUCGACAACAUAGCAGAGCUUCAAUUGGGUGCUCCAUGGCCAUUGCCACCAGUUGACUUGACUGCAACUUUAGCCCACAAGUUCGAACUCAUAGGAUCGGCCAAGAUCAAAAUCAACUUUGAGAAAACAACAGUGAAGACGACGGGUAACUUGAAGCAGCUUCCUCCGCUGGACAUCCCUAAGCUACCAGAGGCUCUGAGGCCUCCAUCAAACCCGGGGUCUGGAGACUUUGAGGUCACCUUCCUCGAUGGCGACACUCGGAUCACUAGAGGGGACCGUGGCGAGCUCAGGGUGUUUGUCGUCUCAUGAUUUAUGGACCCAUGGGCAGUGAAAUGACACCGCUACUCCAUCAAGUUGUUUCCUAGUUUGUGUAUGAGAAUCAUCCGCAGCCGUUGAUGUACACCUUUUUUUUCCUGCUUUGUGGAGUUUUGUAUAGUGUAACACUCACCAUAUGUCACGGCGCGAUCCGUAAUCCGAGUCUGGACAAUGGACUAUAUGUGCCAUCUGGUGUAGCAUGGUGUAGAAUGCUGCUUUGAUGGUAUGAGCAAAUGGUCUGUGCAAUGUCAAUUGCCAAAGACCUUAAUUUUAUAAGGCUGUUCAACAGCUGAAGAACUGUGCAUUCUAGCACGUUUUGGCUUAUCGAUUUUGCUUUUUGCUGUAAAAAAAUAAUGCAACUC